AUGGCAUCCAAAAUAUUUCUUCGAGGAGUCUUACCUGUUGCAAUCUUCAUCCCGAUGGGAUAUCUUGCGAGCCAAAUUGUGUUUGGGCGUCACAUGUACCAAAGUGGUACAGGACUGCAACUCGCUGAACACUGCAAUGUCCCAAUCGGAACGGAAGGGUACCCUUUACGCCUAGCAUACACAGGCUAUCCCGUCCUCGAUUAUCGCAUGUGCUUACUUGUCACGCUCUUUCGUGCCCUGCUAGACCCUGUAUACCGACCUCUCGUAGCAGAGCUCAUGACUGCUCUCGCUGCAGUGACGAUGAUACCCUUUGUCGAGGCUGCACGUGAAAAGCGCUCCAUCUUCCUUCGCAUGCCUGCUGUCGUCGGAGUGCUCUUCCAGCUUUUCAGCUUUGCAGUCAUCAUGCCAAUUUAUUAUGUUGCACUCAUUCUGAGUGGGGCGGCGAUUGGUAACCCCGUCAAAGGCCGCGCAACAAAAAUCACUCAGGGGAGUGCCGAAGCUUUAUUUUUUGCUCUGAUAGCCGGCUACAUUAUCCCGACGGUGUGUAUGAUUGUAUUUCAAGAUAUCACACCUACUGCACUAUGGCAAGGCUACCCCAUCAUCAUGGGGCUCGCUCAAUUCGUAUACCUCAUCAUUCGUCCUUCUUCCCGUUACGUGGAAUCCGGCUACGCUACCAUCCAAGCCAUGUAUGGCCUCAUCUUCGUCACUUCUACUAUCUUCCACAUCUACUACACGUGGCCACUUUUCUUUGACAUCCAGCAAUUCCAGAAGGUCCUGGUGCCACAAUUGGCACUGAGCAACCGUCCGUUGUCCUUACCCGAAGGAGUCGCUGCUGUCAUCCAGUGGGACGCAGUGUUUGGGAUAGGGUCGACCCUUCUUGUGACAGUCUGGUUCGCUCGGGGGUUGAAGGAAAUGGUGGUUCUCUUCCUUUGGCACGUCCUAUCCUCAGUGGCGUUUGGCCCCGGAGCAGCUAUCGCAGGCGUACUGUUGUUCAGAGAAGCGAGACUAAAUAGUCGAGUUGCUGCGGAGGAUAAGGAGGACUAG